GUGAACUCCCUUAUGAGCCUUGGUUUCCUCCUCUGUAACAUGGGGUAGCUCGGCCGUCUCACCCACCUCACCACUGACUGCGGGCCAGAAGCGACGCGGGGAGGAGGAGGAGACGUUCUGCACGGCCUCCCAGCAGACGGCUGACUAUUUGCGGCUGCCCUCCGCUGAGCUGGGCCCGGACCUGGGGACCUGGAGACUCGGCCAAGUCCACUGUGGGGCCAGCAGCCAGACGCUGGACUCAGCCAGGAGUUCUGAAACUUCCAGAGCCUGCUGCCUGACAUCAGCCCAGCCCGCUUCACCCAGUGGCCAUGAGAGCUGCCUACCUCUUCCUGCUUUUCCUGCCUGCAGGCCUGCUGGCUCAGGGGCAAUAUGACCUGGACCCACUGCCGCCGUUCCCAGACCACGUCCAGUACCCCCAUUACAGCGACCAGAUCGACACCCCGGACUACUAUGACUACCAAGAGGCCACUCCUCGGCCCCCCGAAGAGCAGUUCCAGUUCCAGUCUCAGCAGCAGGUCCAGCAGGAAGUCAUCCCGGCCCCCACCUUCGAGCCAGGAAACGCAGAGACGGAGCCCACGGAGCCUGGGCCUCUUGACUGCCGUGAGGAGCAGUACCCGUGCACCCGCCUCUACUCCAUCCAUAAGCCCUGCAAACAGUGUCUCAACGAAGUCUGCUUUUACAGCCUCCGGCGAAUGUACAUCAUCAAUAAGGAGAUCUGCGUCCGCACCGUGUGUGCCCACGAGGAGCUCCUCCGAGCUGACCUGUGUCGGGACAAGUUCUCCAAAUGCGGUGUGAUGGCCAGCAGUGGCCUGUGCCAGUCCGUGGCGGCCUCCUGUGCCAGGAGCUGUGGCGGCUGCUAGGGCACGGCUGGCACCCAAGCCCCGGCCCCUCCUCAGACCUGGGGCCUUCAGGCCCCACCUGACCUGGUGCUUUCCUCCCCGGCCUGACACCCCUUUUAUCUGAUAAAAAGUUAGUGGGCUGUGGCCAGGGGUUGUCUCGGGCCCCUCCCUGGCCUCUGGCCGCCCCCGAGGCACAGUGGGGCUCCCCACUGCACAGUCUUCGCCCCCAGGAGGGAGCUCCCUCCCCUGGCCUCUCAGCGGGGCCUGUGCCUCCUCCGUCCCUCUGAGGUCAGUCCCCGGCCCCUGAGGUAGGCUGUGCCCCUCGCCCCAGCUGGUCUGCUUGGACUCCCCACAGCCCCCGGGCACAGGCCACC